AGAAAAAAAAUACUAAGAAAAAAAAAAAAAGGAGACGGGAAAAUGGCGAACGAUUCUCCUGCAAAAAGUCUGGUGGAUAUCGACCUUUCCUCCUUGCGGGAUCCCGCUGGGAUUUUUGAGCUCGUGGAAGUGGUUGGCAAUGGCACGUAUGGGCAAGUCUACAAGGUUUGUGCAGAAUUUUUUCUCCUCUUAUUGUUGCCAAUUUUCCAGAGGGGUACCCGGUGCCUGCGCCGGGCUGAGCACACGGCUGCAGGCGAGCCACCCGCUGAGGCAAACGGAACAGUCAGGGGUGGUAAAAGUGUUGUCCUUGUCAUUGUUGCUGGCCGUGACAAGUUUGUCAGCCUCUUGCCUUCUGCUUUUUGCAGAGGGGCACAAAUUACUCUCCUAAGUACCCAUCCUGAAAUGGUGAAAUAGCCCUUUAUUGUCCUUAUUCUACCCUGUGCUCCCUCUAGAGAAAUGACCGAACCAAGUGGACCCUGUCAGAAUGUGGCCGGGUUAUACAAAUAGGUCUACGGCUUAUUCACAUUUGCUGCUGGAAAUCCUCAUGGAAGUUUGUGCUGCUGCUGCUCGUGCUGCAGUGACUUUAGACAAAGACAUUGGCCUUAAUAAAAACUGUCACCCGGUUUCCUUGUUGGAAACCCUUCAAAGUGCUGAAGCUGUAGAGUUGGGGGCGGGUGCGUCCGAUCCCACUGGGCUGUGCUGUGAUGGGGGGUGCAGAGUGACAGUAAUAAGUGAUUGAAGCAGGGAAGCUUAUUUUGUGAAAACCAGAAUUCCCAGAAUAACCUGUUUGACAAGUGUAUGACUUUAGAAAAUAGAAAUCGGACAGUGCCCAUGUGGGUGUGAAACUAGCCUACUUUUUUUUUUUUUAUUUCUUUUUUCCGCUUUAGUGUGCAGUCAGUGGAACAAGCAAAUCUUGAGAUUGCAUGACUUUGCAGUGAGUGUUAGCUACCAGGAUGACUAAUUAUUCACACCGACUUAAUACUUGGCUAAAGACUGAAGGCUCUAGUCUUAAACUGUAAAAAUGCAAGAUACAUUUGGAGAGGGAAGGAGAGAUAACUGAAAGUAGCUGAGGAUGCCUUGGCUGCGUCGGGGUUUUUUGUUGGUUUUUGUUGUUGUUGGAUUUUUUGUUUUGGUUUGGGUUUUGUGCUUAUAAAUAAGGCAGUGUA